UCGUCGCUUUUCUGCACGCCUCCUGGACCCGGUAAAUCGCUCUGCAGAUCCGGUGCCGCCGUCGACCCCUCCCAUGAACCUUUGCUCAUUCCAUCCUCUCAGCCGGCGCCAGGCCGUGUCACCGCACCGGCUGGAAGCAGCAGCAAAUGGCCAUUCUGAGCGCCGUCACAAUGGCCGAGCUAUGUAGCAGCGGCCUGGGCUACGGUGCGUAGGUACGAUGAUCCAGAAAACCCCGCGCAACAUCACUGGGUACAUAGGUACCGCCGCCAGUCUGUCAGGCUUCUGUCCUCCUUCACGCCGCCGGAAUGCAUGCGUGAGGAGCGCGGUCGCACAGCCUGCCUCGCACUGCGUGCCGCGCGCGCGGCCAGCUUUAUUUGCCUCAUCACUCAUAUCGUCAGCGGCAGCGGCGGUAUCAUCUGCCCUCGCUCUUUUAGGCCGGGGCGAGGCAGGUCGCGCGCUGGCGAGCGGGCCCGGCUGUCUGGUUGCCAGGCUGGUGAUGCUGUACGAUGCGAUGGCGCCGGCGUCGCUGUCUCGUGGCGUCGAGGCGCGGGCUGCGCUGACUGGUUGCGAGGAGGAGGCUGGACGUUGCUCCGGCGCGCGGUUUGCAUGUGCUAGGUAUGUACUACACCUUCUCUGCUCUCUGAGCAGCGCUGAUUGUUUUCUUUUUCUGCUUCUCGAGAUUUUCUUUUCCUUUCUUUUCCGUCCUCUUCUCUUCUCUGUGCUGCCAUUGCAGCGCACAUCUCCGUCCGUAUCAGCCAGACGCGCUUUCCGCUCCAAUUCACCCCAUCCACCCUGCUGCGCGCGCGAUUUACCCCCUGCUGACAGUGCGAGCUGAUGAGCGACAUUCCUACCGACCUCGCUAGCUAGCUCUAUACAGCAACCCGAGCACGCAUACCAUCAGCAUGCCCUCGUCAUCGUCAACACCGUAUCCGCCAGCGCGGAUGAUCGCCCGCCAGAAUUACGCGCACCACCUCCGCAGUAAGACGCGGAAGAGGGGCGCGCCAAUCGCUACGGUC